AUGACGUCAUGUGUGCCUAAGGCAGUGCCUGUCAUGGCCCGAAAAGACACGGUGGUCUUUGAAGACGUGGUUGUGGGAUUCACUCUGGAGGAGUGGGCCUUGCUGAAUCCUGCUCAGAGAAACCUCUACAGAGAUGUGAUGCUGGAGACGUUCAAGCACCUGGCCUCAGACUCGGUGGUCUUUGAGGAUGUGGCUGUGGACUUCACCCUGGAGGAGUGGGCUUUGCUGGAUUCUGCUCAGAGGAACCUCUACAGAGAGGUCAUGCUGGAGACCUUCCGGAACCUGGCCUCAGUAGAUAAUAAGACUCAAUUUAAAGCCAAUGGGUCAGUUUCUCAGCAGGAUAUGUACGGGGAAGAAAAAUCUAAGGAACAGACAAUACCAAACUUCACAAGAAAGAAUUCCUGUGCUUACACUUUAGAAAAAACUUGUGAAGGCUAUGGCACUGAAGAUCACCACAAAAAUCUGAGAAAUCAUAUGGUGGACAGAUUCUGUAACAAUAAUGAAGGUAAUCAAUAUGGAGAAGCCAUCCAUCAAAUGCCAAAUCUUACCCUGUUCAAGGAAAUUUCUGCUGGAGAAAAACCGUAUGAAUGCACCAAGUGUGGGACAGUCUUCACGCAUCUUUCUUCUCUUAAAAGGCACGUCAAGUCUCAGUGUGGACGAAAAGCGCCUCCGUGUGGGGAAUGUAAGCAGGUCUGCAUUUGUCCCUCACACCUACACAGUCACGGAAGAACCAACACUGAGGAGAAGCCCUAUAAGUGUCAAGCGUGUGGGCAAACUUUCCAACAUCCCUGUUCCCUCUCUCACCACGUGAAGACUCACACAGCAGAGAAAACCUAUAAGUGCGAGCAGUGUCGGAUGGCAUUUAACGGGUUCGCAAGUUUCACUAGACAUGUGAGAACUCACACAAAAGACAGGCCAUAUAAAUGUCAGGAAUGUGGGCGAGCCUUCAUUUAUCCCUCGACCUUUCAAAGACACAUUUCAACACACACUGGAGAGAAGCCCUAUAAAUGUCAACACUGUGGGAAAGGCUUCAGUUACCCCCAGGCUUUUCAAAGACAUGAGAAGACGCACACGGGAGAGAAGCCCUAUGAGUGCAAGCAGUGUGGGAAAACCUUCAGUUGGUCUGAAACCUUGCGAGUACACAGGAGGAUUCACACUGGGGAGAAACUCUAUAAAUGUGAAAACUGUGGGAAGGCUUUUACCUCUUCCAGAUCAUUACAAGGUCAUUUGAGGACGCACACGGGAGAGAAACCUUAUGAGUGUAAACAAUGUGGGAAAACUUUCACUUGGUCCUCAACGUUUAGAGAACAUGCGAGAAUUCACACACAAGAGCAGCUCUGUAAAUGUGAACACUGUGGGAAGGCCUUUACUUCUUCCAGAGCAUUCCAGGGUCAUUUGAGGACACACACUGGAGAGAAGCCUUAUGAGUGUAAACAAUGUGGGAAAACCUUCACUUGGUCCUCAACAUUUAGAGAACAUGCGAGAAUUCACACACAAGAGCAUCUCUAUAAAUGUGAACACUGUGGGAAGGCUUUUACCUCUUCCAGAUCAUUCCAGGGUCAUUUGAGGAUGCACACUGGAGAGAAGCCUUAUGAGUGUAAACAAUGUGGGAAAACCUUCACUUGGUCCUCAACCUUACAUAAUCACAUGAGGAUGCACACUGGAGAGAAACCUCACAAAUGUAAACAAUGUGGGAUGUCCUUCAAGUGGCCCUCCUCCUUCCGAAACCAUCUGAGGAUGCAUGCGGGACACAAAUCCCACGAAUGUCAGUCACACUCAAAAGCCUUCAGUUGUCAAGUCAUUCUUUCUAAAACCAGUGAGAGUACACACUGAAGAGAAAUUCUAUAACUAAGUAACAUGGGGUAACCUCACAUUAAUUCACGUAUAAUUCGCCACAAACUUCACACCAGGAGAGAAAUCUUACAAGGAUGAUAUUGUCUUUGUCAAUACCUCAUUUGUAAAACGGAGCCAUUAGAGAAAAUAAUUCUAUAAGUCCUCUUUCAGCUAUAAUACCUACGUUUUAAUAGUUAAGUGUUUUAUCCCAGGCUGGAGUGCAGGGGCAUGAUCUCAGCUCACUGGAACCUCCGCCUCCCGGGUUCCCGCCAUUCUCCUGCCUCAGCCUCCCGAGUAGCUGGGACUACAGGUGCCCACCACCUCG